AUGUCACCACUACUUUUUUCCCCUCCCACUCCUUCCAUCUUAUGUUUGUUUUUUCUUUUAACCCCCGAUUUGAAGCAACGGCAGUUGUGGUGCCUUCUCCCACUCACACCUGUGAAUCAAAAGAUGUCAGUUGCAGAGAAAGUGCAACCGAAGACGCCUCGUAUGAGCUCAGGUAAGGAUCACAGAAAUGACAUUGGUAAACGUCUGCCUGCAAAUGGGACACUUUUGACUGACUUUGGUGUAUUUGUUGCGGCACGGCGAGCACAAAGCCAAAUGGCGGCAGGGAAGAAGAGCCUCAGUGGCUGA